AUGCGCGCCUUUCAUCCUGCCGCUGGCCACGUCCAGCGCGCCUCGUCCGCCAGCCUGCGCCACGUGCGACACCGCGCGAACCAUCGACUGCCUACCGCUACCUUUGCGCGACACCUUGCAUCCGUCGCCGCGGAUGCCAAAUCUGAAGCGAACCAUUCUCUGGCGCUCCCGUCUACUGCUCGAUACAACGAAAUUGGCGUGCAACAACUCAGCACACACGUAUUUAAUCAGAUAUUCCCCGACGGUUCUACCCCGCCUCCACAAGAGCUUGUCCAACUAUCCAAAGAUCAUCUAAAGCGACAUGAUUUACUUGGCAAAAACACCGACAACUCUGCCCCCAUCGCAUUCGACCUCCCACAACUCCAGGGUCGCACUCUCGAUGAGCACUUCCACAAGCUGGGUCUCGACUGCGCCGAGCCGUACCUCAGCUUAGCAAAGCAAUUCUCACGCGCGAAUGCGCCUCCAAAGCCUCGCAAGUGGGUUCGCCGCAGUGGUUGGACUAAAUACUAUCCCGAUGGCCGCACUGAACAGGUCGACGCGCCCGACGAGUCCGCCCUAUGUUUUGAUACCGAAGUCAUGUGGAAGGAGAGCCCAUACGCUGUCAUGGCCUGCGCCGUAGGUCCUACAGCCUGGUAUGCAUGGCUCUCCCCAUGGCUGCUGGGCGAGACCAAGAACGACAAGCAUCUCAUUCCCCUAGGCGAUCCAACCAAGGAGAGACUCAUCGUCGGCCACAACAUCGGCUUCGAUCGCGCCCGCAUUCUCGAAGAGUAUGACAUCAAGCAGAGCAGAAAUUACUUCAUGGACACAAUGUCCCUUCACGUAGCCGUCAAUGGCAUGUGCUCACAACAGCGACCAACGUGGAUGAAGCACAAGAAAAAUCGAGAACUGCGAGAACGAGUCGCCAGCGAGACUCCCGAUCAUGAUCUUGCAGAGCUCUUGAGCAACAGAAGCAUGCAUGAAGAGGAAGAGCUAUGGGUCGAGCGCAGCUCCGUCAACUCGCUGCGAGAUGUAGCCAAAUUUCACCUCAACGUCACCAUUGACAAGGCUGUCCGCGACGAUUUCGGCGAAUUGAACCGGUCUGAGAUCCUUGCCAAGCUCGACGCUCUCUUGGACUACUGUGCUGCCGAUGUUGCCAUAACCCACCGCGUCUACCAAAUAGUCUUUCCCAACUUUCUCGACACAUGUCCUCACCCCGUCAGUUUUGCUGCCCUCCGCCACCUCUCCUCCGUUAUCCUCCCCGUCAACAAGUCUUGGGACGCAUACAUCGCCAACACUGAAGCUACAUAUCACAAACUCUCUGACGCUGUUCAGGAGCGACUCAUUGCCCUGGCGGAUAAGGCUCUUGAAAUCAAAGACGACUCCGAAAAGUGGCAAAACGACCCCUGGAUGCAGCAACUCGACUGGUCGGGGCAGGAAGUUCGCAUGGUCAAGGGCAAGAAGAAGGGCGACCCACCCAGGCCAGCUGCCCGACAAAAGAAGCCUGGCUGUCCGCAGUGGUACAAGGAUCUCUUUCAAAAGAAUGAUGCCCCCAUUAGCAUCACCGUGCGAACCCGAAUUGCCCCGCUGCUGCUAAGAUUGGCUUGGGAUGGCAACCCUCUCUUCUGGUCCGACAAGUACGGAUGGACUUUCCGAACGGCCCGUUCCAACUCUGAAAAAUAUGUCGGCAAGCAGAUGGUACAGUGUCAAUUUGAAGAGGCUGAUGCUACGCUGCGCGACGACAGACAUCACGUUUAUUUCAAGCUUCCUCACAAGGAUGGUCCUACCGCUCGCUGCGCAAACCCUAUGGCCAAGGGCUACCUAUCCUACUUUGAGAACGGAACCCUAUCCUCGGAGUACUCGUACGCCAAGGAGGCGCUCGAAAUGAAUGCCUCUUGCUCAUACUGGAUCAGUGCUCGCGACAGAAUCAUGUCGCAGAUGGUCGUCCAGAACCAAGACCUGCCUAAUCUCGACAAGGUUACCGAGUCGUCUGACGGUCUGGGCUUCAUCCUACCGCAGAUUAUUCCCAUGGGAACAAUUACGAGACGAUCUGUGGAAAACACAUGGCUCACCGCCAGUAAUGCCAAGAAGAACCGAGUCGGCUCUGAGCUAAAAGCUAUGGUGAGAGCUCCCGAAGGCUACAGCUUUGUUGGUGCGGAUGUGGACUCGCAGGAACUUUGGAUUGCCAGUCUUAUCGGCGACGCCACUUUUAAGCUUCAUGGUGGCAAUGCCGUUGGCUUCAUGACUCUCGAAGGCACCAAGUCAGCCGGAACCGAUCUGCAUUCCCGCACUGCUUCGAUCCUGGGAAUCACCAGAAACGACGCCAAGGUUUUCAACUAUGGCCGCAUCUACGGUGCCGGCCUCAAGUUUGCUGCUACACUACUCCGUCAGUUCAACCCUGAGCUGUCUGAGAGGCAGACCAUGGAGACUGCCUCAAAGCUGUAUGCUAGCACCAAAGGAACCAAGACGAACCGAAAGACCAUCUACAAGCGUCCGUUCUGGCGCGGCGGCACUGAGUCUUUUGUCUUCAACAAGCUCGAAGAGUUUGCCGAGCAGGAGAGACCUCGUACCCCCGUCCUUGGUGCCGGCAUUACUGAGGCCCUGAUGGGUCGCUUUAUCAACAAGGGCGGGUAUUUGACGUCUCGUAUCAACUGGGCUAUCCAAUCUUCCGGUGUCGACUACCUGCACCUUUUGAUCGUGUCGAUGGACUACCUGGCUCGUCGCUUCAAUAUUGAUGCACGUCUGGCCAUCACCGUCCACGAUGAAAUUCGCUAUCUCGUCAAGAACGAAGACAAGUACCGCGCCGCUAUGGCUUUGCAAGUCGCCAAUGUGUGGACUCGCGCGAUAUUUGCGCAGCAAGUCGGCAUCAACGACCUCCCACAGUCAUGCGCGUACUUUUCCGCCAUUGAUAUUGACCACGUCCUCCGCAAGGAAGUCGACAUGGAGUGCAUCACGCCCAGUCACCCCAACGCUAUCCCGCCCGGCGAGAGCCUCGACAUCAACACCCUGCUAAGCAAGGGCGCCGUCGCGCGGCUGGACCCGUCAAUUGUGCCCAACAGCUCGCACGCGCCGAAGCUUGAUGGCAUCACGUACACGCCCCGCGUGCCGGUGAUGCAGGCCAUCCAAGAGGCGGCGGGCGACAGUGCGCCCUUCCUCAAGGCGCAAAUUGUCAACGACGAUGCUGAACUGCGUGAUAUUAUCAAGAAUAUCCGCAAGGACGAGCCACCAAAGGACAAGAUGAUUAGCAAGCGGUCACUCAAGUCAGUGCUGCCGUAUCGCGCGCACCCGCAGCUCAUUCCGAUGGAUGAGCCCAUAUCCGUGGCUGAGGCCCUGGGCAACUCGUACCGCAACAGACAAGAGAAGGGCAAGUGGACGUGGGCCAAGAGCUCGACCAAAGGCUCUCGCACCACUUCGAGGGUUCACUGA